CCAUGUGAGGCACCAAUAACAUGGGCUAAAUUACCAGCACCUAUUUGUUGCGUCCCCUGCCAGAGCCUGAACUCCCCUGUUUACGGCCAUGACCUAACAUCCCAUUCUCCCCCAGCCAUGAUCCCAAAUCCGGCACUUUGAAAACCCUCAACCCGCUUUUCUCACGAGACUGUGGGGUUUCACCCGUGGAUUGGAUGGGGAUGACAAAGAGGAACAUCUUUUCCUGAGUGGGAUUUAAGAUCAACUGGGUGAAACCGUCCAAAUAAGAUUACACAAGCAAAAUCAAAGGACAUUCGGCUGAAGUACCACCAUGGCUCAGGCAACCAAAGGUCCCGCAGUGAAGCCCAUCUCUCCCACCGGUGUAGAUGCCCCGGCUAGGGUGGCGCACCCAGACUCACUUACAGUCCGGAGCCAUGGAAUUUUACAAAUCAUGAAUCGCCCGGCACAAUGGGUGGUCAUCAUCACACUUCUGAUCUCUUGGUCAAUAGCGGGUGUUGUCAUGUUUGACUUUGUCAGUGACGAUCAGAUUGCAAGCAUCCAAGAUUUCGGCUCUGAUCCAGUGCUAGCAGUGAACAAAGCCACUGAAGUCAUUGAAAACAGGAUAAAUCACAUGAAUGAUAUGUUUAAUGAUGCUCAAGAGUACAUCACUGAAAUAAUAUUAAAUCCAGUGGAAGCUAUGAGUUCAGCUGCUGACUCAUCUGUGUCUUAUCUGUCAGGAUUAUUUAGUGCCGAUGUAGAUUUAGGAAUCACUGAAACAGUGAAAUAUGGGGGCACUGUAUUGGAUGAGGCUACAGAAUGGAUCAGAUCGCCAGUGAGCUAUGUAUUCCAUUUAUUUGAAGACAUACUGGAUAUAGUGGUUGCUCCAGUGGAUAUGGUCAGUGAAGCUCUUGUGCAAAUUUUAAGUGGGAUCAAGACUGUUAUACAGUAUAUUUCCACAAUGUUUGGAGGCAUUGAAGAGCACACAGGCAUCACUGAAACAGUGAAACUUGGUGGCACUGUAUUGGAUGAGGUUACUGACCGGAUUAGAUUCCCAGUGGCCUACUUAUUCCACUUAUUUGAAGAUAUCCUGGAUGUAGCAAUCAUUUAUCCAGCAGACAUUGUCAGUGAAGCAGCUCAGCAAAUGUUAAGUGGGAUCAAGACCCUUUCUUCAUCCAUAUUCGGGAACCUUGAAGCUUGGUUUCCCAAAAUAAGCACUGAUCCUGCAGAGCUGACUGAAAUAGUUGUAGAGGAGGCCACAGAACUGAAGACCACCGUUUCUAAUUACCUAUCCAGUCUGUUUGCAGUGGAUGAAGGUUGUAUUCCUGACAUUAGCUUUGAUCCCAUGAAAGUUGUCACAGACACUGUUGAGGAGUUUGCUGACAGGAGGGAUAUGUUCUUGGCUUAUCUCUCAAACAUGCUCAUGGAAGACAAAGAUGACACACCGCAAGUGAUAAGACGAAAAGGAGAAUUUCUGCCCCCUAUGGAAAAAGUUGCAGAAAUACUAGGCAAAACACAGGAUCCUGCCUAUGCUGCCUACAUUGCUGCGAGAUCCACAGACAGUACUAAACAGGAAAUAAAAGAGGUAGAAGCUGCUGAAGAUACAACUGAAAGAGCUCAAGAUAUUGUGGACACUCCAAAGGAGGAAAGGAGAGUUGAAACGGCUUGGGACCGCUCUGAUGUCACAGUUGAAGACGAUGAGGUUACCUACGAUGUCACGGAGGAGGAUAAAACUGCUGGAACAGUUGAAGAUAUUGCAGAUGUCACACAGGAGGAACUUUCUGAUAAAGCAGAAGUGAAAGCUGAGGAAGAAGCAACUGAAAAGGUUGAGGAUAUCUCAGAUUUCGCAGAGGACACAUCAACUGAAAUGACUGAAUCUGAUGAAUCUGAUGCUUCAGAUAUGAAAGACACUGACGAUACCUCAGAUGUUGUUACAGAGGAAGAAGAAGUUACUGAAACAUCUGAUAUUCCAGAAGUAACAGAUGACGAAAUAGAAACAGAAAAAUGUGAAGAUAUCUCUGAUUUUAAAGAGGACAAAUCAGCUGAAAUGACCUCUGAUGUGACGGAAGACAUUGAUGCGGUUACAGAGGAGGAAAUAGUUAUUAAAACAGCUGAAGAUAUUCUAGAUGUUACAGAGGAGGACACAUAUGACAUUCCAGAAGUCAUAGAUGAGGAAUUAGCCACUGAAAAGGCUAAUGAUAUCUUUGACUCUGUAGAGGAUGAGUUAACUAUGAUGACCUCUGAUGUGACAGAAGACACUGAUUACACCUCGGAUGUUGUUACAGAGGGAGAAGUUGAUAAACCAGUUGAAGAUAUUGCAGAUGUUACAGAGGAUGAACCAUCUGAUAUGCCAGAAGUCAUUGGCAAUGAUGAUACCUCAGAUCAAGAUACCUCUGCCGUUAUAGAGGAGAAAGAGUCAACUGAAACAAUUAAAGAAGCAACAAUUGAAACAGCAGAAGGUACUUCCUAUGUUACAACCAAAACUGAAUUAGAUAAUACAGAUGAAAAUGAAUUUCAGAAAUAUCCCAGUGUUACAGAGGAGGAGGAAAAACCUGAAAAAGUUAAAGAUACUUCUGAUUUGAUAAGUAAGGAAGAAGAACCUGAGACAGAUGAAGAUGCCAGCACUGAAGAAACAGCCGAAGAGUCGAUAGAAAAAGAACAGCCACGUGAAUUGGCUGAAGCUACUGUGACCAUCUCUGUAAAAGACAAGACUGAAGUAACAGAACUUGAUGAUCUUGAAGUGCUGGGUAAGGAUGACAUGAAAGUGGAAGGCAAGGAGGAGAAGGAAGAUGUGGUGAAUGCUGAAAAGGUCACAAAGAACCUGGAGAACGAUCUAGAUGAAGAUGAGGUUGAGGUUUUAAAAGAGGAGACUAAAGAUCAAACUAUCUUUGGAACCACCGCUGGUCAAGAUGGCCAUGAUGAUGAAGAGGAGCUUGUCCUUUCUCCUGUCCAGCAGGACCUAACAAACAGAGAUGAUGAAAAUAACAAUAACAAUGACAGGAAGAAAGAUGCCAUAAAAAGAGGCCUGAGCGGGAGAAAACCAUCAAAGAGUCACUCCACUGAAACAGAUGACCAAGAAGCUCACAAGCAUCUUCAUGAAGAUCUGAGGGAGAAGAAGGCUGAUGGUGAAGAGGAGGAGAUGACACUACAGCAAAUAAACAUAACAGUAGAAAAAGUCAAGAAAAGAAAAGAACAUGAGAAAAACGAGAUAGAAAAGGCUAAAAGAAAACAAAAAUCCAAAGAGGACAAGACUGAAGAACCAACAAAAAAGGACACCAAGAAAAAACCUGACAAAAAGGUCAUGGUGACUAAAGUGGAUGAGGAACCUCCUCUAAAAAAGAAGAAAUCUGGACCUGAGAAAAAGGUUAAACCAACUAAGAAAGAUGUUGAGAUGGCCAAGGACAAAACAGCCCAUGUAAAGAAAGAAGCUGAAGUGGCCAAAAAAGAGACCAAAUCAGCACCAUCUAAGAAAGAGCCUGAAGUUACAAAAGAAAAGACCAAACCAGCUCGUACAAAGAAAGUAUUCACAUUUUUAGAAAAAGCUGAAGUUAUCAAAGAAAAGGCAAAACCAGCUCCAAAAGAAAAAGAACCUCAGGUUAUUAAAGAAAAGGUCCAGCCUGCACCUUCAAAGAAAGCUAAAGCUCCCAAGGAAAAAGCUAAACCUGUGAAGAAAGCUGAAGCCAAGGAUAAACCACCAGCACCUUUAAAAAAAGAAGCGGAAGCUGUCAAAAAAGCAAAACUUGUUGCUGUAAAGAAGGAGACUGAGGUUCCCAAAGAGAAAGCCAAACCAGAUUCCUCAAAGAAAGCAGCUGAAGAGAAAGAAAAACCUGUCCCUGUGAAGAAAGCCGAAGCCCCCAAAGAGAAAGAUAAAGCUGUUCCAGUAAAGAAAGAGGCUAAAGCUCCCAGGGACAAAAUUAAACCGGCCCUUCUGAAGAAAGAGCCUGAUGUUUCUAAGGAGAAAGAAACACCACCAACUGCCAAGAAAGAUACUGAAACUGCUAAGGAGAAUGUGAAACCAGCCCAAGUUAAGAAAGAGCCUGAGGUUUCCAAUGAAAAAGCCAAGCCAGAACCUUCAAAGAAAGAGGCUGAAGCAUUUGAAGAGAAGGCAAAACCAGCACCAGCUAAAAAAGUGCCUGAAACUAUAAAAGAGAAGGAGAAACCUCCAAAGAAAGAAGCUGUAAAAGAAAAACCCAAACCUGCUUCUGUAAAGAAAGAACCUGAAGUUCCAAAAGAAAAAGAAAAACCAAAACCUACCAAAAAAGAGGCAGAAGUUGCCAAGGACAAACCUAAACCUGUUGCUGUGAAGAAAGAACCUGUUGCAGUUGAAAAAGCAAAACCUAAACCUGCACCAAAGAAAGAACCUGAAGUUCCCAAAGAGAAAGCUAAACCAGAACCUGCAAAGAAAGAACCUGAGAUAACCAAAGAAAAACCCAAGGCACCAAAGAAAGAGGCUAAAGUUGUCAAGGAGGAAGCUAAACCAGCUCCUUUAAAGAAAGAGACUGAAGUCAUCAAAGAUGUUAAACCAGCCCAUGAGAAGAAAGAGGUCAUCAAGGAGAAAGUUAAACCAGCUCCUAUAAAGAAAGAGCCUGAAGUUGCUAAAGAAAAGACCCCUGAACCCAAACCCAAAAAAGAGCCUGGAGUUAUCAAAGAGAAACCAGCACCUCCAAAGAAAGCUGAGGUUCCGAAGGAAAAAGCAAAACAAGUCCCAGAAAAGAAAGCACCUGAAAUAAUCAAAGAAAAACCAAAGCCAGCUCCAAAGAAAGAAGCUGAAGUCAUCAAAGAGAAAGUAAAGCCAGCCCCUGAGAAGAAAGAGGCUGAAGUCAUUAAGGAGAAAGUAGCUCCUGUAAAGAAAGAGCCUGAAGUUGCAAAAGAAAAGGCAAAACCAAAACUCACAGAGAAAGUUGAGGUUCCAAAGGAGAAGGAAAUACCAGUCCCUAAAAAGAAAGCAGAACCUGAAAUAACCAAAGAAAAACCCAAACCUGUGCCAAAGAAGGAGGCUGAAGUCAUCAAAGAGAAAGUUAAACCAGCUCCUGAGAAGAAAGAGCCUGAAGGGAUUAAGGAAAAGGUUAAACCAGCUCUUGAGAAAAAAGAUGCUGAAGUCAAGGAGGAAGCAAAACCAGCUCCUGUAAAGAAAGAAACUGAAGUUAUCAAAGAAAAAGCCAAACCAGCCCCUGAGAAGAAAGAGGCUGAAGUCGUCAAGGAGAAGACUAAACCAGCCCCUGAGAAGAAAGAGGCUGAUGUCAUCAAAGAGAAAACUAAACCAGCCCCUGAGAAGAAAGAACCUGAAAUAACCAAAGAAAAACCCAAACCUGUGCCAAAGAAGGAGGCUGAAGUCAUCAAAGAGAAAGUUAAACCAGCUCCUGAGAAGAAAGAGCCUGAAGGGAUUAAGAAAAUAGUUAAACCAUCUCUUGAGAAAAAAGAGGCUGAAGUCAACGAGGAAGCAAAACCAGCUCCUGUAAAGAAAGAAACUGAAGUUAUCAAAGAAAAAGCCAAACCAGCCCCUGAGAAGAAAGAGGCUGAAGUCGUCAAGGAGAAGACUAAACCAGCCCCUGAGAAGAAAGAGGCUGACGUCCUCAAAGAUAAAACUAAACCAGCCCCUGAGAAGAAAGAGGCUGUAGUCGUUAAGGAGAAAGCUAAACCAGCCCCUGAGAAGAAAGAGGCUGAAGUUGUCAAGGAGAAAGUUCAGCCAGCUCCUGUAAAGAAAGAGCCUGAAGUUACUAAAGAGAAAACUAAAGGGACCCCUGGGAAGAAAGAAUUUAAGAUAAUUAAAGAAAAACCCAAGCCAUCACCAAAGAAAGAGGCUAAAGUCAUCAAAGAGAAAGCUAAACCAGUCCUUGAAAAGAAAGAGACUGAAGUCAAGGAGAAAGCUAAACCAACUCCUAAACUCUUAAAGAAAGAGCCUGAGGUUGCUAAAGAAAAGGCUCCUGAACCUAAACCCAAAAAAGAACCUGAAGUUGUUAAAGAGAAAGCUAAACUGGUCCCUAAGUUGAAAGAAGCUGAUGUCAUCAAGGAAAAAUCUAAACCAGCCCCUGAGAAGAAAGAGGCUGAAGUCAUCAAGGAGAAAGCUAAACUAGUUCCCGUAAAGAAAGAGCCUGAUGCUGUUAAAGAAAAGGCUCCUGAACUGAAACACAAAAUAGAGGCUGAAGUCAUCAAAGAGAAAGCUAAACCUGUCCCUAAGAAGAAAGAGGUGGAAAUUAUUGACGUUGAGGAGAAAGUUAAACCAACUCCUAUAAAGAAAGAACCAGAAGUUCUUAAAGAAAAGGCACUUGAAUCAACACCAGAACCUGCAAAGAGAGUUGAAGCUCCAAAGGAAAGGGUGAAACUAGUCCCUCAAGAAAAAGCACCUGAGAUAACUAAAGAAAAAACUAAACCAGCACCAAAGAAAGAGCCUGAAUUUAAAGAAAAGGCUAAACCAACCCCUGAGAAGAAAGAGGCUGAAGUCAUCAAGGAGAAAGUUAAACCAGCUCCUGUAAAGAAAGAGCCUGAAGUUCCUAAAGAAAAAGCUCCUCAACCAAAACCCAAAAGAGUACCAGAAGUCAUCAAGGAGAAAGUAAAACCAGCCCCUGAAAAGAAAGAGGCUGAAGUCAAGGAGAAAGCUAAACCAGCCCCUGAGAAGAAAGAGGCUGAAGUCAUCAAGGAGAAAGUUAAACCGGCUCCUGUAAAGAAAGAGCCUGAAAUUCCUAAAGAAAAGGCUCCUGAACCAAAAACCAAAAAAGAGGCUGAAGUCAAGGAGAAAGCUAAAUCAGCCCCUGAGAAGAAAGAGGCUGAAGUCAUCAAGGAGAAAGUUAAACCAGCUCCUGUAAAGAAAGAGCCUGAAAUUCCUAAAGAAAAGGCUCCUGAACCAAAAACCAAAAAAGAGGCUGAAGUCAACGAGAAAGCUAAACCAGCCCCUGAGAAGAAAGAGGCUGAAGUCGUCAAGGAGAAAGUUAAACCGGCUCCUGUAAAGAAAGAGCCUGAAGUUCCUAAAGAAAAGGCUCCUGAACCAAAACCCCAAAAAGAAGCAGAAGUCAUCAAAGAAAAAGUAAAACCAGCCCCUGAGAAGAAAGAGGCUGAAAUCAUCAAGGAAAAAGUUAAACCAGCUCCUGUAAAGAAAGAGCCUGAAGUUCCUAAAGAGAAGGGACCUGAACCAAAACCCAAAAGAGAAGUCAUUAAGGAGAAACCUAAACCAGCUCCUGAAAAGAAAGAGGCUGAAGUCAUCAAGGAGAAAGUUAAACCGGCUCCUGUAAAGAAAGAAGUCAUCAAGGAAAAACCUAAAUCAGCGCCUGAAAAGAAAGAGGCUGAAGUCAUCAAGGAGAAAGUUAAACCAGCUCCUGUAAAGAAAGAAGUCAGCAAGGAGAAACCUAAACCAGCGCCUGAAAAGAAAGAGGCUGAAGUCAUUGAGGAGAAAGUUAAACUGGCUCCUGUAAAGAAAGAAAUCAUCAAGGAGAAACCUAAACCAGCGCCUGAAAAGAAAGAGGCUGAAGUCAUCAAGGAGAAAGUUAAACUUGCUCCUGUAAAGAAAGAAGUCAUCAAGGAGAAACCUAAACCAGCGCCUGAAAAGAAAGAGGCUGAAGUCAUCAAGGAGAAAGUAAAACUGGCUCCUGUAAAGAAAGUUUCAGAAGUCAUCAAGGAGAAACCUAAACCAGCCCCUGAAAAGAAAGAGGCUGAAGUCAUCAAGGAGAAAGUUAAACUGGCUCCUGUAAAGAAAGAAGUCAGCAAGGAGAAACCUAAACCAGAGCCUGAAAAGAAAGAGGCUGAAGUCAUUGAGAAGAAAGCUAAACUGGCUCCUGUAAAGAAAGUUUCAGAAGUCAUCAAGGAGAAACCUAAACCAGCCCCUGAAAAGAAAGAGGCUGAAGUCAUCAAGGAGAAAGUAAAACUGGCUCCUGUAAAGAAAGUUUCAGAAGUCAUCAAGGAGAAACCUAAACCAGCCCCUGAAAAGAAAGAGGCUGAAGUCAUCAAGGAGAAAGUUAAACUGGCUCCUGUAAAGAAAGUUUCAGAAGUCAUCAAGGAGAAACCUAAACCAUCACCUGAAAAGAAAGAGGCUGAAGUCAUCAAGGAGAAAGUUAAACCGGCUCCUGUAAAGAAAGUUUCAGAAGUCAUCAAGGAGAAACCUAAACCAUCACCUGAAAAGAAAGAGGCUGAAGUCAUCAAGGAGAAAGUUAAACUUGCUCCUGUAAAGAAAGUUUCAGAAGUCAUCAAGGAGAAACCUAAACCAGCGCCUGAAAAGAAAGAGGCUGAAGUCAUCAAGGAAAAAGUUAAACUGGCUCCUGUAAAGAAAGAGCCUGAAGUUGCUAAAGAAAAGGUACCUGAAUCGGCACCAAGAAUAGCACCUGAGAUAACCAAAGAAAAGCCAAAGCCAACACCAAAGAGAGAGCCUGAAGUCAUCAAAGAGAAAGCUAAACCAGCUCCUGAGAAGAAAGAGGCUGAAGUCAUCAAAGGGAAAGCUAAACCAGCUCCUGAGAAGAAAGAAGCUGAAGUCAUCAAAAAGAAAGUUAAACCAACUCCUGUAAAGAAAGAGCCUGAAGUUGCUAAAGAAAAGGUCCCUGAACUGGCACCAAAAAUAGCAUCUGAGAUAAUCAAAGAAAAGCCAAAGCCAGCACCAAAGAAAGAGGUUGAAGUCAUCAAAGAGAAACCUAAACCAGCUCCUGAGAAGAAAGAGGCUAAAGUUAUCAAGGAGAAAGUUAAGCCAGCUCCUGUAAAGAAAGAGCCUAAGGUUCAUAAAGAAAAGGCACCUGAGCCAGUGCCAGAACCUACAAAGAAAGUUGAGGUUCCAAAGGAAAAGGCAAAACCAGUUCUUAAAGAAAAGGAACUGAAAAUCACCAAAGAAAAGCCAAAGCCAGCACCAAAGAAAGAAGCUGUAGCCAUCAAAGAAGUAGCUAAAGCAGUCCCCGUGAAGGAAGAAACUGAAAUUGUCAAAGAGAAAGCUAAACCAACCCCUGUGAAGAAAGAGUCUGAAGUCAUCAAGGAGAAAGCUAAACCAGCUCCUGAGAAGAAAGUGUCUGAAGUCUUUAAGGAGAAAGUUAAGCAAGCACCUGUAAAGAAAGAGCCUGAAGUCUCAAAAGAAAAGUUAUUAAAGCCAACACCUAAAAAAGAUGAUGUUGGUCUUAUUGGUUUGGACUUGGAGCUCCUGAACUCUAUCAACCAAAAACUGUCUCUUCUGGACUUGAUGAGGAAGGACAUUGGUGAAAUGAAGAGUGAUCUGGAGUCCACUCAAAAUCAAAUCACACUUUUACGGAUGGACAACAGAACAAUCAAAGAGCCAGAGACUGUCGGUGUAAAGGUAAAACCAGCAGUCUCCAAGGAAAAGCUGAAAACAGCAAAAAAAGACCGUGAUGCUCUGAUGAACAUUACUAAAACAGCACAUAUUAAAGCAGAACGUGAAGCACUGAAAAACAUCACUAAACCUGCACGGAAAGAUAAAGAGGCUCCAAAAGCUAAGAUCAGACCAGAGCCCAAAAAGAAAGAAAUCACCCGUGAGAAGGUCAAAGAAGAAAAGAAACCUUUAAAGAAAGCAGUCGAGCCAACUGAGAAGGAACCUGUUAUGGACAAAGAAGUAAAAAGAGAAGAACCUGACAUCACCAAAGAUAUUCCAGAGAUAGAGGAGGAGGACAUUCCCUACUUCCAGUGUUUCUUUGUGGAUGAGGAGGAUACUCAGUAUCCGUUCUUCCCCUUUUCACCACCGCUGUGGUGAGUCCAGACAAACCUCUCAGUCUGAUGUUACACAACAUGGCAAAGCCAGUGAAGACGGACCUGUGAAGGCUGAGGAACCUGCUGCUCUGAUGCAGUGGAGAGCUUCACAGUAGAUCCUACAGCACUACACCAGCAACGACUUACUGGAUUUUAAACUGGAAAACAUCCUUCUCAAAUAAUUUUGAAGGACAGAGGGUGCAAAUAUUGCACUUUUUAGUAUAUAAUCUUAAGGCUAUCCCUCUUUGCAUUAAUACCAUGGAUUGGCCUUUUGUUUCAGAAUGAGUAAUAUCUAUUUAUGUCCAAGAAGGAAUGUGAGUAUUGUUUGUCCAUAAGGUGGACAAAGAGUUCCUUUCUGAACACUGCAGUGGGUUCAGGAUUGUAAUAUUUUAUACAUAUAAGGUACAUAACCUCAUUUUGAUGGGGUGCUAAUUCAAAGCAUUCCACUGUGUUUGCUGUCAGAAUAGGGGUUUGUAAGUUGUUCAUUGUUCGCACAACUGGAAGAUAGGAUAUAAUAAAUCAAGAAAUAAGUAAACAACUAUUUCAUGUAUCUUUAAAACCAUUUACUAAACCGUUUACAGAAGUAACAACUGCACUGAGUAAUAACAGCUUUCCACAGUAAGCUCAGUUCCUCUGAAUGUAUACAUCAUUUUAUUAUUUUUUUUUUAUUUUUGUUACUUUAUUUUUGUUUUAUAAUUUGUUUAUCUUUCCAUACUUUUAUUUAAUAUAACUUAUGUAACUAAUCUAUACUUCACAGAGGAAACAAAUGUUUUAUUCAGUGCUCUUUUUAAAGGAACACACUGGAUUUUGCAUAAAAAAAUGAAACUAAAUUGUGGUGCUAAAUCCAAGAAAAUGCAUUAAACAUCAAUGCAACUGCAUUGUUUUAAUAUAUUACAUUGCAAACGCUACUGUUUUUACAUUAUUCCGCAUAACAAUAGUUUAUGUACGAUAAUGUUUGCAAAAAUGUGGAUGUGUUUUUGCAAUAUUACAUGGAUAGUCCUACCUAAUACAGAGCAGCCAGUUAAAUGGCAUUCUGAAUUGUCUAUUUUGCACAUUAUACUCAUACAGAAGAUAAAUGAUGUGCCAGAUGAAAAGUAUUGCAUGCAACAACAGUGUUUCUCGGCACUGCCCCUGGUGGCUCGCUAGCUCAUUACUUUAUUACUUGAUUUAAUGAUGUUAGUGAGUGUUUAAUGGUGUGUACUGGUUAGACACAUCAUUAAACUACUGUGCCAGUGGGCUGCCCCAGAGACAUUUCUUUUACUGACGCUGUCUUUUCUGCAGGAGUUUAGCAUGUGGCUCCAUUGAGGAUAAGCUCAUGUCUGUACAAAGAGCUUUUUUUUCUCCGAUGUACAGUAACUAAGGGGGACUGUAGAUUCUAUUUUCCCCAGACAUGUGCUGGCAAGGAUUGAUACUUUGCCUAAAAUGUUUGGGUUUUGGCUUUGUAUUUGCUGAAGGUAAUGACUGAAAAGUAGGUUGUGCAGGCAUUGUGAUUAAAUGACCAAUUGAGGCGUGCAAGAAGGUGGGAUCUACAAAGAAUGGUCAAAGUAAUGCAAAUACAUGUACACGUAAUGAAUGAGGACUGUAAAUAGCAUGUUAGUAAGAAAACACAGCCAAAAUCUGGACUUUUUUGGCAAAGUAGCAGUCCUGGUCACGACAUGUCAGGGAUAAAGAAGAAGUAUAGUCACCUGUAAAAAUGCAUAUAACAAUAAUCACUUGUAAGAGAAAUAGGUCUCUUUAAGACUUUUAAAAAAGAUAGUUACUUUAACCAUGGUAGAUUAUAAAUGUGUUGGUGUGUUUUAAUGCAACUGUGCAGCAAUGAAUAACAGCAUUUUUCAAUAGUUCUUUAAAAUUUGCGCAGUGUUAUUUUUAAAUCUAAUUUACAGUUCAGAUUUGAUAGAAAUAGGUUUCUCAAAGAUAAUAGUUUUGCAUGAUGUUUGCAUGAAUUUUGUUUAAAAAUGUAUCUAAACCAGAUUUAAUUUGUGUUUUGAAACACACUAAAAAUGUAUAAUGUACUACUGUAUUCAUGAUUUUUUUUUCUUUUGCAUGGUUUUGUGGUCAGAUAUUCAAAGUCAUUCUCUGUACAAUGUAUAGCCAUGAACUGAAAUCAUAUUUAUAAAGCUCUCCACAGAAUCAACAAUAUGGUCUGUAUGCAGAAUAAAAACAGCCUGUAUGCAACUGUAAAUGCUAUUGGAACUUUAAUGCAGCUGUAACUGUGAAGUCUGCUUAAGGUCUGAUUUACAUUUUAGAAGAAAUAAAUGUUUGCAAUAAUCACAACA